AGUCUGGCACUCGUGUUUGGCACCCUAUCGAUUCGUAGUCAGUGUUCCAGUGACUCAAGUGGGAUGUGAAUCAUAGCGUGAGUCUUUCAGUGAUAACAGUUUUUCGUGGACAAGUUUGGAGUGAAAUACCUUCGCCAUGACAAAAGACAGACUUGCUGCCUUGAAGGCGGCCCAGAACGACGAUGACGACAUGGGGCCUGAUGACGUCACCGUCAACGUUGAAGGAAACGUCGGCUACAUGGACGACUUCUUCAACGAGGUGGAAGAGAUAAGGGAGAUGAUCGAGAAGAUACAGAGCAACGUGGAGGAGGUUAAAAAGAAGCACAGCGACAUCCUCUCUGCGCCCCAACCUGAUGAGAAGACGAAGCAAGAUCUCGACGAUAUGAUGACUGAUAUUAAGAAGACGGCAAACAGAGUCAGAGCCAAGCUAAAAGUGAUCGAGCAGAGCAUCGAGUCGGACGAGCACGUGAACAAAGCGAGCGCAGACCUGCGUAUCAAGAAGACGCAGCACUCGACGCUGAGUCGCAAGUUCGUGGAGGUCAUGACGGAGUAUAACCGCACCCAGACCGACUACAGGGAGCGCUGCAAGGGCAGGAUACAGCGGCAACUCGAGAUAACGGGACGCAACACGACCAGCGACGAGCUGGAGGACAUGCUGGAGCAGGGCAACCCUGCCGUCUUCACCGGUGAACUAAUGAACAGAAUUGAGAACCACGUAUUAGAGGCACAGGACUACGUGCUCACUGCCAAGCAGGACACCAAAAAAGCUAUCCGCUACCAGAACAAAGCAAGACGGAAGAAAAUUAUGAUCGUCGUUUGCGUAUCGAUUGUGGGCAUCAUUCUUUUAGCUGUGAUAAUCCAUCAGUUCGCGUGAGGUCUACCAACAUAAUGCCUGUUGAUGCUGUUGAGUUAAAUACCUUGUACAUAUUUGACCAGGCCUUGCCUAUCUCAAGGCUUCCAUAUACUUAAGCCAACCAUCGUAUCAUGCCUGAUGGCUCACCAUCUUUAGCCAUGUUAUGGCCACAUUGAAGCAUUGUUUUCUCUGUGUGAAUUGUUAUUAUGUGUUGGAUUUGAUGAAUCUAUUGCUUCUUGUGAAGGCCUGAUACGCGAGUCACAAUUAACCUUCCUUGUGCAUAUUUUGGGUCAAUGUGCGUGAUCGUGAGUUCUCAUUAUCCUCAUCUUGCCAAACCAUUUAUAGUUUUUGUAGUCGUUAUUGUGAAGAAAAUAUUAAGUAAACAUAACUGUUUACUUAAUUUUUAGUCGCUCCUGAGAUCCGCAAAGAUUAUCAUUUCUGAUACAAAUUUAUCCUAUUUGAUUGAAACGAUUUUUCCUACUAGUUCAGUGUGCAAGUUAUCAAGCCACGCCAUGUGCUUUAUAUUAUUUAGACUUACAGCGAACACUGCCAUUUUAUGUCUUUCUCUGUUGCUACUAUUUUAUGCUGACACUUUCCCCCUCCAAGUUCUGAUGUCCCGUGUAGGUUCUCCAGUUCUGAUGUCCCGUGCAGGUUUCUAGGUUUCUAAGUUCUGAUCUCCCGUGUAGGUUUCUAGGUUUCUAAGUUCUGGUGUCCCGUAUAGGUUUCUAAGUUCUGAUGUCCCGUGUAGGUUCUCCAGUUCUGAUGUCCCGUAUAGGUUCUCCAGUUCUGACGUCCCGUGUAGGUUUUCCAGUUCUGAUGUCCCGUAUAGGUUCUCCAGUUCUGAUGUCCCGUGUAGGUUUCCAAGUUCUGAUGUCCCGUGUAGGUUCUCCAGUUCUGAUGUCCCGUGUAGGUUCUCCAGUUCUGAUGUCCCGUGUAGAUUUUUGUGUUCU